AUGAGCAACUCAGGUGGUGCUCUGUAUGGGAGGAGAGUGAGGAAGUUCCCAUACGGCACCACCCGAAAGUGGUUUAGCGUGGCUUGGCGACAAGGCCAUCCCGACUUCCCGAGUAACUCACGCUUCUCUCCCUCCUGCAUCGUCAGUCGCUCCCCGGUUCCUAUCACUUUGCGAAUCGCCGUACGUUCCCUCCCGACCCUAUCCCGACAUUCUCUGCCGCGAGCUGCGUUCAUUGCGACCAAAUUUCUGACCUCUUCCAGUCCCGACAAGAUGAGCUACAUCGCCCGCCGUGGUCUUUCGACCCUGAUCCCUCCCAAGAUCGCCUCUCCCAACGCCAUCGGUGCUGCCCAGGAUGCUGCCCGCAUGGAGCGUGUUGUGAACUUCUACGCCGGUCUCCCCCGUGGCCCUGCUCCCCAGGUCAAGGCCACCGGUCUGAUCGGUCGCUACAAGGCCCGCUACUUUGACCAGAACUCCGGUGUCCCCAUCGUUCACGCCAUCGCCGGUAUCCUGAUCCUCGGCUACAGCAUGGAGUACUACUUCCACCUCCGCCACCACAAGAACCACCCCCACUAA